CUCUUUCUCUCUCUCUCUCUCUCUUUCUCUCUCUCUGGUUUGAUUUCGUUCCACGAGAAGUGAUUGCGAGACUGAUAGUAAGAAAAGGAGGAAACUAGGUAGUGGUUUUUUUUAUUGUACACUUUUACUCAUAUAAUUCGUGUUCCUUUUGUUUUUUUUCUUUCUUUUUCUUAAAUUUCUUGGAUAAGAAAGAAAAAGAAUCUUGUCGAACGUGGAGGCGAUAAAAUUCGCGCGUAAUUCGAAAGAGGUAGAGAAAUACGGGAUUUUCGUUUGGAGAUCGAUAAGAUAGAUAUUGGUUUUGAUGAGAAGAAUAUCGAUGUUUUAUUUUCUGAUGGUGUUUGAAAACGAUCGGGGAAAAUUAGUUUAACAGAAACGUGGCCGAUGAUUUUGAAUUCUAUCACUUUUCCCGCCAAGAGAAAAGGAGAGAGAGAGUGGGAAACACAGAGAGAAAGAGAGAGAGAGAGAGAGAGGAACAGAGAGGAAAAAUAGACGAAAGGACGGAUCGUGUUUGGCUCAUUAAUGUGAACAGAAAGAAUCGAGAAGAUAUAUAAUAAAAGGAAAAUAGAAAGAAGCAAGCGUUGUUAUAAAACAAAGAAGGAGAAAAAAAGUGUGAGAGAAAGAGAGAGAGAAAGAGAGAGAAGGACAGAAAGAAAACGAGAAGAAAGCAACGGCAAAUGAAUUUAUUCGAACGGUAGUACGAUCGGUCUGUGAUGACCGAAUCGUCGAUCGAAUUCCUCGUUUUCGUCUCGUUAUUUCGAUCGAUCAACACGAGAUGAGGCUACUGAUGGAGAUCAUCCUGUCGAUCCUAUGCCUAAUGGCAGCAUGCCUCGUCGACAGUCGGGCUGUCGAUAAUGAUUCAUACGAAUUCGAGGAAACGAAACACCAUAGACAUCAUCGUCAUAGGAAAUUCACCAUCGACGAACUUACCAACACGAGAUUUCCUCAUGCGAUCACCGGUGACCUGGACAUCGAUGUCUGCAAGGCAGGUGGAUUUCUCGGUGACAUAGCACUGCCCAACAUCAAGUACGAAACAGAAUGGCGACAACAAAAGUUGAAUAAGUCGUACCUCGAGGAAUUGGAAAAAUAUAGAGAGGAAGUUUUAAAGGAAGGUCUUCAAGUCGAGGAGGAAGGUCUUACCGAGAUACUACAGUUCAAAAACGAGCACGAUACAAACAAUGAGGCCCAUCGUGAAGAAGAAGAGAGCGUGGUCCCUCAAGGGAAACCUGAGCCGAUCAUGGUGGAUCGCAAUCAGUACAGCAUGGGUGGCGAAUUCGAGGAUGAAUUUAGCUUCAACGUUAGGAACGAGGAUACUAAUCCUGAAAUAAAGGAAGAGGGUGUUGAGAUAAGAUUAGAAUCUACGACUCUCCCAGCGAAAAAGAGACACUCGGCUCAUCGACAGAAUUAUCUGACGAUGACCGAAACUUCAAAUAUCGGAGAAGGUAGGAUCAAGCAAACCACUCUGAAACUACCCGAUGACAUAGAUUCUUCGAUUGGGUCAACAACAACAAAGACUAGAAACGCUCAAGAAGGGAACAUCGAAGAAAUAGGAGGCUAUACUUCUACGAUCAGGCCAGAAUCAACGACACAGGAUAGAUCGAAACAACGUCAUCGUCGUCAUCAUCGUAGAAGAGGGUCUCGACGACGAAAUCACCGACGGUUGGUUGUCCCUUUGCCCCAGGAUACGGCGAACGAUGUCUCGGACGAGAUCGUCUCGCUCCACGAUAGACGACUACGGUCCAUCGAGUUUUACGACAUGGACCACAAACCGAAAUAUCUCGCGAACAACGAGCGUGGCACCAAAUCUCUAGUCCACGAUUUUCCAACAAGAAAUCGUAGAGCCGCGACUGCGAGAAAGGAACGUGUUUGGGAUCAUGGUGUUAUACCUUACGAAAUCGAUGGUAACUUUUCCGGAGCUCACAAAGCACUUUUCAAGCAAGCCAUGAGACAUUGGGAAAACUUUACUUGCGUCAAGUUCGUCGAAAGAGUACCACGAGAACAUCCUAAUUAUAUUCUUUUCACGGAGAGACCCUGUGGAUGCUGUUCCUUCGUUGGAAAAAGAGGUAACGGACCGCAAGCAAUCAGUAUCGGAAAAAACUGUGACAAGUUCGGUAUAGUCGUUCAUGAACUGGGCCACGUCGUUGGCUUCUGGCACGAACACACUAGACCGGAUCGAGAUCGACACGUACAAAUCAUUCGCGACAACAUCAUGAGCGGUCAGGAAUAUAACUUUAAUAAACUGACUGAUGAAGAAGUGAACUCGUUGGGUCUGCCAUACGAUUACGAUUCCAUCAUGCAUUACGCCAAGAAUACAUUCUCCAAGGGCAUUUAUUUGGACACGAUUUUACCUAUAGAGAAUCACGGAAAGAAACGACCUGAGAUCGGCCAAAGGAUACGACUGAGCGAGGGUGACAUCGCUCAAACGAAUCUUCUUUACAAAUGCUACAAAUGUGGUAGGACUUUCCAAGAAAACAGCGGUAGCUUUGGUUCACCAACUCACCCUAACAGUUCUCCAGCAAUUGAUGGAGAACGAUGCGAGUGGAGGAUCACUGCUACUCAUGGAGAAAGAAUCGUUCUGAACAUCACGUCCUUGGACAUCUUUAAGAGCGAUUAUUGCCGUAGCGAUUAUCUCGAAAUUCGUGAUGGUUAUUGGUACAAAAGUCAUGUACUAGGUCGUUUUUGCGGGAGUGGCAAGAUCCAUGAGCCAGUGGUAUCUACCGGAAGUCGUAUGCUCGUAACUUACGUUACUUCCGAACGUCAAAGCGGACAUCGUGGUUUUACGGCGAGUUACGAAGCUGUCUGUGGUGGUGAUGUCGAAUUGGAUGGCGUUGGUCAUUUGGAGUCACCUAAUUAUCCUGAAGAAUAUCAGUCUAGUAAAGAAUGCGUUUGGAGACUCUCCGUGCCGCAGGAUUAUCAGGUCGCUCUGAAAUUUCAAUCGUUCGAGAUCGAAAAUCACGACAAUUGCGUCUAUGACUAUGUCGAAGUACGCGAUGGUCACAAUGCCGAUUCCCCUUUGAUCGGAGUUUAUUGUGGCUAUAAAAUACCACCUGACAUCAAAUCUACCGGGAAUAAAUUGCUUGUUAAAUUCGUUAGCGAUGGAUCCGUACAAAAAGCUGGAUUCUCGGCAACUUUCAUGAAAGAAUUCGAUGAGUGCGAGUUGACCAAUCAUGGAUGCGAACAUGAUUGUAUAAAUACUCUUGGUGGAUUCGAGUGCUCUUGUAAAAUCGGAUACGAAUUGCAUUCUGAUGGGAAACAUUGCGAAGAUGCAUGCGGUGGUAUUUUUGACGAUAGUAAUGGCACGAUCACGAGUCCAUCUUUCCCGGAGACUUAUCCAGGAAACAAAAAUUGUAUUUGGGAGAUUAUAGCACCACCGCAAUAUCGUAUCACUUUAAAUUUCACUCAUUUCGAUCUCGAAGGCAACAAUGCCUAUCAACAAGAAUGCGAAUAUGAUUCUCUCGAAAUAGCUAGUAAACUCGGUGACGAUAUUCUGAGGAAACAUGGCAUUUUCUGUGGUGUUAGGUUACCACCAAUGAUCACGUCGGAAGGCAACUCUAUGAGGAUCGUAUUCACAUCAGAUAACAGUGUGCAGAAGACAGGCUUCGCCGCAGUCUUUUUCACCGACAUGGAUGAGUGCGCGAAUAACAAUGGUGGUUGUCAGCACGAGUGUAAGAAUACGAUAGGCUCCUAUCAGUGUUCCUGCCACAAUGGCUUUACACUUCAUGAAAAUGGCCACGAUUGUAAAGAGGGUGGCUGCAAGUACGAGAUUACGGCGCCCGUAGGCACCAUUACGUCGCCCAAUUUUCCUGAGUAUUAUCCUGGCCGGAAGGACUGUGUUUGGCACUUCACUACCAAGCCGGGACAUCGUAUCAAACUGGUAUUCAAAGUAUUUGAGAUGGAAUCCCAUCAAGAAUGUGCUUACGAUCACAUUGCCAUUUACGAUGGGGAUUCACCAGAAAGUCACACGUUAGGUCGCUUUUGUGGUACUAAGGAGCCUCAUCCGAUUUCAGCGACUGGUAAUCAGAUGUACAUGAUCUUCAAGAGCGAUGCCUCCGUCCAAAGAAAAGGUUUCCAAGCUAUACACAGUACUGCCUGCGGAGGAUACUUGAUGGCGACGGAUAAGGUAAAACACCUGUACUCGCACGUCAGAUACGGAUAUAGUAAUUACGAUCAUGGGACCGAUUGUGAUUGGACUAUCGAAGCACCAAUCGGCAAGAACGUUCACCUGUCUUUCUUCUCCUUCCAAUUGGAGUAUCAAAGCGAAUGUGGUUACGAUUUCGUUGAGAUAUUCUCCGGUUUGGAUGCAUCCAAUCCAUCCUUUGGUCGACUCUGUGGAAACUUGAAUAAAACUGAUUAUGUAUCGACGAGCGAGGCACUUCUCGUACGAUUUCGAACGGACGACACGAUAUCGUUCAAAGGUUUCGUAGCCAUUUUCGUUGCAGUAGACCGGCAAGAUAGCGAUGAGAGUCACGGUGGUGAGGACGAUGAGGAUAACGAGAAUCUCUGAUCCGUCGCCGGCCUCGCCAAUCGAUUGGGUUAUGGCUUUUGAAUAGUAUUGCCUAUAAACCCUACGAUCGAUCCUUCCAAACGAAUGAUUGAAUCGUUUGCUUGUUGGAUCUCGUUCGAUCGUCGAGGUCUGGAAACUGAGAGACGCUCUCUCUUUCUACUUUUAUUUUUUUUUUUUAAAUCUUUCUUUUGACGAUUUUUAUAUAGAUAAAACAACGUGUUCCCUCGCUAAAGUCACCUUACUCCGAUUAGGAACUUAGGGAUUCUUUUGCGAGUAAAAAAACUUAAUCGAAUGUGUCCCAGUAUUUGGUUACUCGAAAGUCGAUAAAAUAGAUACCGAUAUUAACAACUCGAUCACUAAAGAGGAUCUUCGAGUAAUCCAAACGCAUAUCGCCUGCCAAAAGUCUCGGUCUUAUCUUAAGCAAGUACUCAAAUCGUCCAAAAUAAUAUGUGUGUAUAUAGGAUAUUAUAUACGACAAUUUCUUUUUGUUUCUUUUUUUUUCUUUUUUCUUUUUUUGAGAAAUUAUUUCAAUGAGAUUUAUGGCUCUCUUUAUUAUACAUAUUUAAUAGACAUAUCGAGUACUAUCUUAAAAACGUAUGAUUGUAAUAAGAAAAAAAAAAAAGAUAAUGGAAAGGAAAGAAAAGAAAGAAAAUGUCGAAUGAUAGGAGUAGAGAAAGUUGUUUAAAGGUUUCGGUACUCGAACUAUCAAACAUCAGAACGUUCAAUCUGAAAGUUAAAACGAUAAACAACGGAAAGAUGUAAAGUAACGAAUGGCCAAACUGCCAUUGAUUAUACUUAACUUAUAUUGUCAUUGACUAGUGUUUGCGCGAUGCAUUUUCGCGACGAAACAAUAUAAUUCUCCUUAAUAUAAUAUAUGUAUGUAUAUAUAUAUAUAUAUAUAUAUAUAUAUAUAUAUUAUUACAUAUAUAUAUAUAUAUGUGUGACCUUGAAUUUCGGCCUAUUAUACGGUCGAUCAACGUGCCAUGUAUAUUUAGUUAUAAAUCAUAUUUCUCUGGAUAUUAACUAAUUCCUUGUCCCAAAAUAUACAAAGUCCUUUACCGAUCAUGGACUUAAAGAAAAAUUUUCAAAGAUGACGGCGAUUGUCCAACGAUCUUCGAAACAACUUUCGAUUGUUUCCAUAUAUAUCUUUCUCUCGAUCAUUCUUCACCACUGCCUCGAGAUCGUGAUAACAAUCGAUUCGAGAUAUCUUUUGGUAUACGACGACUCGACGAACAUGUCUGAAAGUAAUUUAUUUUUUCUUUUUCUUCCUUUUCUUUUUUAUAAAUAAAUUUUAAAAGGCACGCAUUUCGAAGGUAUUAAUUUUUCGACAUGUUCGACAUAUAGCAGAGGACUAAUAUGAUAAGUUUAUUCUGUAUAAUAUAGAUGUCAUUUUAUGGAUAUAAUUCACGUACGAAUCGUCAUAAAAAAAAAAUUUGCGAUUGAUUAUGAACGAUUAACGAAGAAAGAUUUUUAAUCGGUCAUCGUAUGUUAUAUUAUAUGUACCCUUAAAAAUACGCUGAACGUUCGUUGUAAAUAAUAAUGUUUAAUCGUAGACACACGUCGCGACGUUUUAUAGAUGGUUUUUAGAUUCUCGAUCUUCUUAUCCUGUUACGGAUUACCAAGGAAACAAAAUAUCUUAAUUAGAACAAAAGCAACAGUGUUACAACGGCAAUAAAAGAAAAAAAGGAAAAAAAAUGAAAAAAAAAAAAAAACAAAUAACAAGCACAUAACAUUAAGCCUACGUGUACACGAUUAUUCCGUUAUUCGAAUGGUAUACCCUAUUAAUCUUAAUUCUCUGUAUGUAUAUUUAGUAAUUAUUUGUUUAUUUAUAAAAAAAAAAAAGGAAAAAGACUGGCGCUAAAAAAGAACAAGGACGAAGCAACUUAUUAAAAAUUGGAUCCUAGAUUCCGUCGACCGUUUAUGUAAAUAGUACACUGCCUUCUACUCCGUAUCCUUCCCAAAGAUAAUAUCUUUAUCUUUAUCAUUUUUAACGCCAAGAUAUACAUAUAUAUAUAUAUAUAUAUAUAUAUAUAUAUAUAUAUAUAUAUAUAAUAAAAGACAUUUGCCUCUUCGACUGAGUCAAAACUCGAGAUUAUAUUUGGAAAUAUUAUUGCGUACGUAGAAUUUAGAAUCUAGAUUUAUCCGCGCCAGUAUAUGAGUUAAGAAUUAAUAUAUAUAUAUAUAUAUAUAUAUAUAUAUAUAUGUAUAUAUAUAUAUGUAUAUAUAUUUAUCUACAAAUAUAAAUAUAUAUACAUAUAUCUGUGUGUGUACACGCAUGAAAAAAAGAAUCUGUCCUUCGAAGAUUAACAUUGCGUAUAGUCCAUAGAGAUGAUCAUGAAUGUAUGUAGAAUUUAUUGCAAGAUAUAAUGUAAGAGCAAUUGGUCGCAUCGAGUUCCUUUUUUGUAAAUUAUAUGUGAUUUCGCUCUCAGAAGAAAAAAAGAACAAAAAGAAAAAAAAAAAAAAGAAAAAGACAGAAUAAACGUUGCAAGUAUUGUAUCUCUUAUCUUGAUCAUAUAUUAUAUAUGUAUAUGUAUGUAUGUGUAUAUGCAUUUUAUGAAUACGAGUUAAGGAUUACAAUUUUAUGUAACACUCGUUAUCACAGGUCGACUUAUCGCACUUCUAUCACCCAACAAACAUAUCACUUUUAUUUCAAAUAUUUCUCAAUAAAACGAUCAACGAGUUUUUUUUUUUUAUUAAAAAUACGAAUCUGUUCGAAUCAUAGGGUAAAUAUUAUAUCCAAUAACGUUAGCGAAUUAACGAGAUCUUUGAAUCGAUUCUAUUGGAAAGAUCCGUUUAUAUUAUUAAAUUUUAUUUCACGCUUC